AUGUUGUUUUUACCAAGAACUAUCACACAACUGCCCCUCAGGUGCGUUCGAUGUCGUGGCAUUCCGGCAACGAUUCUCUCGAAGACCGCAUACCAACUCUCAAGGAAAAGGGCAUUCCAGACUUCAACGAGACUAAGAUCAGAAUAUGAAGAGGAAAAACCUAUCCUAGACGAGAUCUCGAAAUCUUUAACAACGCAGGAUAUUGAAUCCUCCAAGAAACUUCGGAAUAUUGGGAUUUCUGCCCAUAUUGAUUCCGGGAAGACCACGUUUACCGAACGUGUCCUAUAUUACACUGGUAGAAUUAAAGCCAUUCAUGAAGUCAGAGGUAAGGAUAAUGUGGGAGCAAAGAUGGACUCCAUGGAUUUGGAAAGAGAAAAGGGGAUUACUAUCCAAUCUGCAGCUACCUAUUGUUCCUGGGAUAAAGAUGGUAAACCAUAUCAUUAUAACUUAAUUGAUACACCCGGCCACAUUGAUUUCACUAUCGAGGUGGAAAGAGCUUUAAGAGUGCUGGAUGGAGCUGUGCUUGUUGUUUGUGCCGUGUCGGGAGUUCAGUCUCAAACUGUUACCGUGGAUCGUCAAAUGCGUAGAUAUAAUAUUCCAAGAAUCACAUUUAUUAAUAAGAUGGAUAGAAUGGGAUCAAACCCCUUUAAGGCUAUUGAACAAUUGAACUCCAAACUUAAGAUACCUGCUGCCGCCUUACAGGUUCCUAUUGGGGCUGAAUCAGGUCUACAAGGUGUGGUUGAUAUAAUUAAUCGUGUGGCCCUGUAUAACAAAGGUGAUAGUGGUGAGAUUAUUGAAAAGGGUGAAGUCCCUAAGGAUUUGGUAGAUUUAGUGGAAGAGAAGAGACAACUAUUAAUUGAUACUUUAGCUGAUGUAGAUGAUGAAAUGACGGAAUUGUUCCUUGAAGAAAAACAACCUACAGUGGAACAAAUUAAAAGUGCCAUUCGUAGAGCUACCAUCGCUAGAAAGUUUACCCCCGUAUUGAUGGGUUCUGCUCUAGCCAAUAUGGGGAUUCAACCUGUAUUAGAUGCAAUCGUGGAUUACUUACCAAACCCAUCCGAAGUAUUAAAUACAGCAUUAGAUGUUGCCAAGGACGAAGCUAAAGUAAAUUUGGUUCCAUCCGCUCAAAAGCCAUUUGUUGGAUUAGCUUUCAAAUUGGAAGAAGGUAAGUAUGGUCAAUUAACUUAUAUCCGUGUUUACCAGGGCCGUUUAAAGAAGGGUAAUUACAUUACAAAUGUUAAGACUGGUAAGAAAGUUAAAGUAUCUCGUUUGGUAAGAAUGCAUUCUAAUGAUAUGGAAGACGUGGACGAAGUGGGAUCAGGUGAAAUUUGUGCCACAUUUGGUAUCGAUUGUUCCUCGGGUGACACUUUCACAGAUGGUACAGUUGAGUAUUCUAUGUCUUCAAUGUACGUCCCAGAUGCAGUGGUCUCAUUAUCUAUUUCACCAAAAGGGAAAGAUGUUCCAAAUUUUUCGAAGGCAUUGAAUAGAUUUCAAAAGGAGGAUCCUACAUUUAGAGUUCGUUUUGACCCUGAAUCUAAGGAAACUAUUAUAUCCGGUAUGGGUGAAUUACAUCUGGAAAUCUAUGUGGAGAGAAUGAAACGUGAAUACAAUGUUGAGUGUAUAACAGGGAAACCACAAGUUUCAUAUAGAGAAUCUAUUACUAUUCCAGCAGAGUUUGAUUACACGCAUAAGAAACAAUCUGGUGGUGCUGGCCAAUAUGGUAGAGUAAUUGGUACACUAUCACCAGCAGAGGAAGGUGGUAAGAAUAACGUCUUUGAAACAGCAAUUGUUGGUGGACGUAUUCCGGAAAAAUAUUUAGCUGCCUGUUCUAAGGGGUUUGAAGAUGCUUGUGAAAAGGGUCCACUAAUUGGCCACAAAGUCUUAAAUGUGAAGAUGUUAAUCAAUGAUGGUGCCAUCCAUGCUGUGGAUUCCAAUGAAUUAUCAUUUAAAACAGCGACUAUGGGGGCUUUCCGUGAAGCCUUCUUAAAGGCUGAACCGGUUAUCUUGGAACCAAUUAUGACUGUAACAGUGACAUCACCAAAUGAAUUCCAAGGGAAUGUUAUUGGUCUUCUAAAUAAAUUACAAGCUGUAAUUCAAGAUACUGAUAAUGGCCAUGAUGAAUUUACAUUAAGAGCAGAAUGUACAUUAAGUACAAUGUUUGGGUUUGCUACUUCAUUAAGAGCCUCUACUCAAGGUAAAGGUGAAUUCUCUUUGGAGUUUAAUAGAUAUGCUCCAACCUCACCACACGUUCAAAAGCAAAUGAUUCAAGAAUUUAAGGAAAAGAACUUAAAGAAAAAAUAA